UCGGCUUUUCAGCCAAACUUCUUAGGGCCGGCGUCCGACCGCGGGCCCCGCCUAUGCCCGCCUCCUGUGGGCGGAACCAACGCAGUCCCGCACUGAUAAAUCCAAGCAUCCCAACGCUUUCUCUGGUCUUCUCUGUGUAUUGGUAGCUGAGUAGCUGGAGCGGGAGCUAACUGGCAGCGAUGUUUAGGAGAAGCUGCAGGGUUCUGAGAAGUAUUUCUCGUUUUGACUGGAGAUCACUACGUACAAAAGCUCCUCUGCAGCAUGAACCAGGCUUAGGAUUUAGUUUUGAACUCAGUGAACAGCAGAAAGAAUUUCAAGCUACAGCUCGUAAAUUUGCCAGAGAGGAAAUAAUCCCUGUUGCUGCAGAAUAUGAUAAAACUGGCGAGUACCCUGUUCCCCUAAUUAAAAGAGCCUGGGAACUUGGUUUGAUGAACAUAAACAUUCCAGAGAGUUGUGACUUCAGUAUUUAUCUGCUUUUGGAAGCUCUGUACUCACACUUAGAGGUGUUUUUCCUUCUUAUAACUGGUUCCAACCUUAACUUGAUCCUUAACGGUGGCCUUGAACUUGGAGCUUUUAGUGGUUGUUUAAUUGCUGAAGAAUUGGCCUAUGCAUGUACAGGGAUUCAGACUGCUAUUGAAGCAAAUAAUUUAGGGGAAAUGCCUGUUAUUAUUGCUGGAAAUGAUGAACAACAAAAGAAGUAUUUGAGGAGGAUGAUUGAGGAGCCAAUAGUGUGUGCCUACUGUGUAACAGAACCUGGAGCAGGCUCUGAUGUAGCUGCUAUAAAGACCAAAGCAGAAAAGAAAGGAAAUGAAUAUGUUAUUAAUGGUCAGAAGAUGUGGAUAACCAAUGGAGGAAAAGCUAAUUGGUUUUUUUUAUUGGCCCGUUCUGAUCCAAAUCCUAAGACUCCUGCUCGUAAAGCCUUUACAGGAUUUAUUGUGGAAGCAGAUACUCCAGGAAUCCAUAUUGGAAGAAAGGAAUUAAAUAUGGGUCAGCGAUGUUCAGAUACAAGAGGAAUUGUCUUUGAGGAUGUGAGAGUGCCUAAAGAAAAUGUUUUAAUUGAUGAGGGAGCUGGCUUCAGAAUUGCAAUGGAAGUUUUUGAUAAAACCAGAACUCCAGUAGCAGCUGCUAGCACUGGACUGGCACAAAGAGCUUUGGAUGAAGCUACCAAGUAUGCCCUAGAGAGAAAAACUUUUGGAAAGCCGCUUGUCGAGCACCAAGCGAUAUCCUUUUUGCUGGCUGAAAUGGCAAUGAAAGUUGAACUAGCUAGAUUGAGUUACCAGAGAGCAGCAUGGGAGACUGAUUGUGGUCGUCGAAAUACCUAUUAUGCCUCUAUUGCAAAGGCAUUUGCUGGAGAUAUUGCAAAUCAGGUGGCUAGUGAUGCUGUCCAGAUUUUUGGAGGCAGUGGAUUUAAUACUGAGUAUCCUGUAGAAAAACUAAUGAGGGAUGCUAAGAUCUUUCAGAUUUAUGAAGGCACUGCACAAAUUCAGAGGCUUAUUAUAGCCCGUGAACACAUUGGCAAAUAUAACAAUUAAGGAAAUCUGUAGAAACAUGGCUCAUUGUUAGGUGCCAGAACAUCACCCACUAUUUAAGCUCCAAAAGAGAAGGGGCUUUAUGAUUUUUUCCAGUGAAAAUUUGUAAAAAAUAAGCAUUCUAAUGCCAAGCCAGUGCAGCUGAUUCUAAUAGUAGUUUUGUACUUCUGUUUAACUUAUGACUUAACCUCUCCUCAAAUAGAUUUGGUUUCAUUAAACUUAUCCUUUCUUCUCAGUCCCACUGUAGUUGAAUUACAUUAACCGAGAGAAAAUACGUUGUUUUAUUACUUUGACCUCUUAAAAUUGAAGCAGCAAAAAUUUCUUGAAAUUUCAGUGCUUUUCCAGUGGCAGAAAAGCGAUCUUGUAAAAGUAGAAUGUUCAAAAAUUUACACUUGGAAAAUACUGUAAGAUUUGGAUGCCACCAAAUAACUUCCCAGUGUUGUAAAUUUAAUGAGAUUAUAUUAGAGGAGUUCAUUUUACUGCAAUUUGAAAAGCAUUUUCUUUCAGUUUUGCACAAUAACAGUCAAAAUUUUGAUAUUCGUAGUUUCCUAUUAUACAACUACCAGGUCUUACCUAAAAAUCCUGUUUAAUUGUGAGCCCACAUUUCAGUUGCCUUAUUUAAAAUAAACUAAUAAAGCUUGCCUUAAAUUAUUUUUAUAUGAUUCCAGUCAUCUCUAGAUAGCCUUUGAUCUCAUUUCAGGUACAUAUAUUAUGAAAAGGAACUAAAAUAAAAUUGUUGAAUAUUUAUUAGUGUAUCUGUUUAUAUUCUUUCUAGGAAGUUUUAUUACUUCAUGUUAAUCAUGUGUGCCUGAUGUAUUUACUGUGGUGAAUAAACAAAGACAUGUUUUAUUUUGAUCUGCAUAAAUUACCUGCUCAUUUUUCAUGAGGUUAUAUUAUUGGAGGCUGUUACCUCAGAAAAUAUAAAAUAAGGACCAAAAUUUUUUAAAUCUAAUAUUUCCUUGUAAUUCUAAACAUCAAAUACUGGUGUAAUGUUUUAUUAAAUUACUAAAAUAAAGCUCUAAUCUUUUACAAAA